AUCUCGGAUAUUUCCGUAAUCGCGCACCUUGGCAUUCUGGGACGCAAUCAUGGCGAUGCACGUACCGACAGCACCGGGCUUUGCCCAGAUGUUGAAAGAUGGUGCUAAGCACUAUAGUGGACUAGAAGAGGCUGUCUAUCGGAACAUAGACGCUUGUAAGGAGUUAGCGAGGACCACACGAUCAGCCUUGGGCCCACUAGGCCAGAAUAAGAUGGUCAUCAACCAGUUAGAAAAGCUCUUUGUGACCAAUGAUGCUGCCACCAUCCUACGAGAACUGGAGGUUCAGCACCCAGCAGCCAAGAUGUUGGUAAUUGCAUCACAUCAACAGGAGCAGGAAGUUGGAGAUGGUACCAACUUCACUCUUGUCUUUGCUGGAGCUCUCUUGGAGCAGGCAGAAAGUCUGCUGAGGAUGGGUUUGUCUGUGACAGAGGUGACUGAUGGAUAUGAGUUAGCUGCUAAGAAAGCUCAAGAUCUCCUUCCAGAUCUUGUUUGUGGAGAAAUAAAGAACCUGAGAAAUAAAGCAGAUGUUCAAAAGAUUGUCAAAUCUGCUAUAAUGAGCAAGCAGUAUGGAAAUGAAGACUUCCUGGCAAACCUUGUUGUGGAUGCCUGCAUAUCCAUUUUACCUCAGAAAGUGAGCUUCAAUGUAGAUAAUGUCAGAACCUCCAAAAUUCUGGGGAGUGGAAUCAACAACUCCACAGUGAUAAGAGGAAUGGUGUUUAAACGUCUGGUAGAGGGAGACCUAACCAAGGCAGAGAACUGUAAAGUGGUUGUCUACUCCUGUCCCCUUGAUUCCAUGCAGACAGAAACUUCGGGUAAAAUAUCCAUCAGGUCUGCUGACGAACUGCUAGCAUUUAGCAAAGGAGAAGAAAAUUUAAUGGAAGAACAAAUUAAAGCUAUAGCUGAUACUGGCUGUAAAGUGGUGGUAUCUGGAGGAAAGGUAGGAGAGCUUGCUCUCCAUUUCUGUAACAAAUACCAGCUGAUGGUAGUGAGGCUUAUGUCUAAGUGGGACCUGAGGAGACUAUGCAAGUCUAUAGGAGCCACACCCCUUCCUAGGAUUACCCCACCAACGACAGAUGAAAGUGGAUACUGUGAUCAUGUGUUUGUAGAUGAGAUAGGAGACACUUCGGUUAUUGUGUUCAAACAAGACAAGGAGGAGAGUGCUGUGUCGACCAUCAUUGUCCGAGGCUCCACAGAUAAUAUCCUAGAUGAUGUUGUUCGUGCUGUUGAUGACGGUGUCAAUACAUUCAAGGCAUUAACAAAGGAUGUUAGAGUUGUACCAGGAGCUGGUGCCACGGAAAUAGAAUUGGCCAAACAAUUGACUACAUAUGGAGAGGGUCAACCUGGUCUAGAGCAAUAUGCCAUUAUGAAGUUUGCUGAAUCUUUAGAAGUAAUUCCACGAGCUAUAUCGGAGAAUGCAGGGGCAAAGGCAACAGAGGUAUUGUCAAAACUCUACGCUGCUCACCAGGAGGGUAAAAAGAAUGUUGGAGUGGACAUAGAGGCCAGUCCAGUAGAUGUAGCCGAUGCUGUGGAAAAGGAAAUCUUAGAUCUGUAUAUCAACAAAUACUGGGGAAUCAAGUUUGCCACUGCAGCUGCCUGCACUGUACUCAAAGUGGACCAGAUCAUCAUGGCUAAGCCAGCUGGUGGACCAAAGGCAAAGGAGAACAAGAACUGGGAUGAUGACUAAAGUAAUGAAAAAAUCAUUGAAAGGACAUUCAUGACUGCUUCCAUUUUUUAUAUAUAACCCCCUCCUUUGGUUUUGAGAGCGCUCUAGAUUUUGUUCAGAGAAUGUUUAGGGAUGAAAUAUGUAGUAUGUUUGUAGAUGUGUAAGAGAAAGAAAGGCGAGUGCUGAUGUGUGUAUUGAACUUUCAUUGGCUUGUGAGGAACAUCAUGAUAUCUGUCACAAUUCAAAUCAACCUUGCAAAAAAAACUAUGAAGAAAACCUUCCAUUUCAUCAAUUUGUGAGGAUACUCCAAUCUUACAAAUGUCCCCUUAUUGGUGAACCAACAAAAAUGGAAGUUUGACUGUUAAUGAAAGAAUUGUUUGUAGUACUGAUCAUGGUUUGUCUAGACAAAGGAAGGGACGGACUACCCAGCUAUACGUAUCCUAGCUGAAUUACCAGCUUUACUGUGAUAUACUUGUCAUUCAGUAAAAUAUUCCAUUACUUUGUGUCUAAAUAGUCCAUAAUCGGGAGGAAGUGUUGGUCAAAAACAUACAGAUGGGGGUUUUGUUUAGUCGAGUUUAGAACAAAAACAGAAUACUAGUUCUGUUCAUUGAGUUGUUGAUCAAAAACUGACUGUCAGAAGUUUAUUUCACAUAAUGCUAUUAAUUGUUCAGCUACCGGUACAACCUAGUGCUAUAAUGGACCUGCUGUAUGUCCAGUCUGUUGAUUAGGACGUCAGAAAAAGUCUCAUCGUGUGUGUGAGUGGAUUAUUUAUACUUUUUCAGCUUUUCACCUUCAAAGUCAUGUAACCUUUUGAAUUCCUUUAUGUGAUCGCAGAUUUUGUCCAAAAAAAAAGUAAUACAAUAUUGAAUGAA